AUGGCGGCCAACGGCUCGAACGUCUCUAAGAAAGACAUGGAAAAGCUUUACGGGCCAUGCUUGAACGAAAUGCUCAACGCCGCGAAGAAGUCGGCGGAGACAAAAACUCUAGACGUUGUCGUCGCCGACGAGCCCAAUUGUCAACCUCACCUCAAGAACCUACUGAGCUCCCCAGCCGUGCUCACCGAGCCAUGGAAAGCCACUAGCAGAUUCGAUGGAUGGCAGAUUCCUGAAUCCAUGGUGCCGAAUGCGUACCUCAAGAAAGCCCUGAUCGGCGACCACCACGAGAUCCGCCUGCAUCCUUAUCUCCCCAGUGCCUGGAUCGGACGCGCCGCAACGCUGUUGGCUUUAGGGUACGCCGAGCUUGCCGUCGCAGAUGCGCACAGAGCCCGUCUUCUGGUCAAGGAGUUGAAUCUGGCAGUGUGGAACAACACGGGACAUAGAGAUAGUGUGGCAGCGAGCGUGAUGAUGGCGUUUCUGGACUCGCACGGCAGGAGUAAAGGAAGUGAUGAUGACAUCAUUGAUCGGAUGGCCUCCGGUUACCGACAGGCCACUCUUCUCGUGGUCCAAGGUCUUAACUGUCUCGAAGCGUACGAGGAUGCGGUUUACACUCUCGAGCAUUAUCUGGAAGGAAUUCCCAACGAACCGUCUUUCACUAUCUUGCUCAAAGAGACUCGAGAGAGACUGCAGGAGCGCAAGCGAAUCUUGUGGGAGCAGCUCCAAGAUACCACCGCUACCGAGACCGCAGCAAUGAGAGGGCAAGUGCACCGAACCGCAUACCCUUGGAUCAUCGCCGGCGAGAUUGAUCGAAGCAGCGCAGCGACGAAGAGGCUCAAGGCAAAGUUCAAGGACGCAUCGCACAACGCCGCCGUCGCUCCCAGCUCACUAGGAAGCGGUGAAUCGAAUGAGAGCCUCGGAGUCUUCGCAACACAAAAGAUCCGCAAAGGCGAGCAGAUCCUGCGGAACAAGUCCGUUUUCGCGGUCCGAAACGUUGCUCCGGGUGGAAACUGCGGUCACAAUAGCUGCAAGAACAACUACUGCGCGGCCGACCACUGCGGAGCUUGCUGUCUCACCCUGUUUGGUAAAGGCAUCCCCGCUGGCUGCUGCAGUAUCAGCUUUUGCAGCGAAGAGUGCAAAGCCGACGCCCUGAGCUCGUACCACAAGAUCCUCUGCGGGAAAGACUUUUCCGAAACCUACCAGUCGGGCGGCGCGACGAAUCCGGAGGACGACGGCGUCCCCCUCAUUAUGCUGAAGGUGCUCGCGACAGCCGUACAGCAAAAGGUCAAACCCCUAAAGGUACCCUGCGUCGCAGCCUUAAAGGCAGACUACGACACCCAGAUCCCUUCACCGUUCAGUGUGCAGGAGAACAUCAUCGGUCCCGCGCAUAUCCUGCGGACCAUGGGCGUCGACAUAUUCACGGACCCACGCUUCGACCCCUGGGCCCUGCAGACGCUCUUCCUGCGGAUCCAAAACAACAAGCAGAUCGCCCUCGUCGGCAAAAGUCUAGACGUCGGCGUCAGUCCGCUGCUCAGCAUGUUCCACCACGACUGCGAUCCGGCCGCCGCAUGGGAGGCGCAAGACGGCGGUAUCGGAGGCCCGGUCAAUGUGGUCGCGUUGAGGGACAUUGAAGAAGGCGAGGAGAUAUGCGUGUCGUACACGUUGGCGUCGUUGUCUGAGGCGGAGAGGAGGGGCAGGGUGGAAGGAUACAUUGGUAAGAGGUGUGGUCCUCUCGGUUUGGAAUCGAAAGAUCCAGUCUCCAGACGAAGCAGAGCGGCAUGA